AUGGGGUCUGGGAAUAGCUUAACGCUCUCCCGUGCCGGCGAAUUGUCGAGCAAACAAGGUAAGGCUGCAGUUCCAACAGAUUCUACAAAGAAGACAGGCCUUCAAGAUGGAUCAGCCGUUGCAGAUGGCUCCUCUGGAGCUAAAUCUUCAGGUGAAACAGCCACUGUCUCUUCUGACAACCAGAUGCCUACGCAAACAGUUGGCCAGCCUCUGGUCGAGAUUUCUUCAACUGGCAUAAAUAGCACCAGCAGCGGAGCUGCAAGUGGUAGCGGAGGAGCUGAAGGACAAGUCAGCCAGCCGGAUGACAAUGAAGCGAGGCCGGAUCCCGAGGGUCAAGUGGCUGCUCAGCCCGAUCUCGCUGAUCAGAGUGAUCUUAAUGCAACUUCACCAAGAUCUGUGGAGAUUAUAGGAAUUUCUGAAGGUAACACCGUAGAGCAAGGCGAGUCAGAGUCGUCGCCAGCGGAUAACUAG